AUGAAGCUCUCCACUUGCAGCUCGUUGCUCGCCCUCCUUGUCUCCCAUGGAAGACUGGCUUGCUGUCAAACGCCGCCGGGCUUCUCUCCCAGCACCAAUAAAGCCCUGUACGCCUCGUUCGACAAUCUCGAGAUCACUCCAGGAAAGCAUGUUCCUCUUGCUGACACGGCGGUCUCUCCAAGCAUCUGCUUUCCGGGCUGUGGUCCGCCGCAAGACACCCAUCUAGUCCUGAUGGUCGACCUGGAUGCGCCUGAUGGCGCCGCGAACCGCAGCCUGUCCCCUCUCCUGCAUUGGCUGCAGCAAUCCAUCCCCGCCAGGCUCCCUGCCAUCUCAAGCAACUUCUCUGCACCCGCUGACACCGCCGUCGCGCCGUACUAUAUGCCUCAGCCACCUCCGGGAUCUGGGCCGCACCGAUAUGUCAUCCUCGCAUUCGACCAGCCGCAAAAGACAUUCCGUCUGCCGGCCAAUUUCACGCAAUUCAGCAACACGUAUCGUUUCAACUUUGACGUGGCCAAAUUUGCAGAGGAGGCGAAAUUGACCGUCGCAGGAGCGACUUGGUUCAUGACACAGAACACUACAAAAGUUUAGGCUGUUCA